ACCAAACCGGUUUAUAUAUAUAAGAUUCCAAGCCACGCUUAGUCGCUCUCUCUCGUUCAUCUCUCUCCCGUUCAUCUGCACUACCGCCGGCCGUCCUCCGUCGCGCCGCCGUUCGUUCUUUGCCGCUCUGUUAUUCUCCUACAUCUCGUAAAUGGCUGGUAAAGCUCAAAUUCCUACAAAAAACUCAGCGCUUAUUUCUAUGAUUGCUGAUGAGGAUACGGUGGUUGGAUUCCUUCUUGCUGGAGUUGGUAACGUUGACCUACGAAGAAAAACAAACUACCUUAUAGUGGACUCAAAGACGACUGUUAAACAAAUUGAAGAUGCUUUCAAAGAGUUCACUACAAGGGAGGAUAUUGCAAUAGUGAUGAUUAGUCAAUAUGUUGCAAACAUGAUCAGGUUUCUGGUAGAUAGCUAUAACAAGCCAAUUCCUGCAAUAUUGGAGAUUCCUUCCAAGGAUCAUCCAUAUGACCCUGCACACGAUUCAGUUCUUUCACGAGUAAAGAACCUGUUUUCUACCGAAUCGGUGGCAUCUGGGAGGCGUUAAAAUGAUAUUGUAACUUUUGUCCCAACUUUUUAUGAACUCAUCCACCUUUCUUCAAACAUGCUGCUCUUGGCGUUCCCUGCUUUCUGCCUUGAAUUUUAUUUUGUAAUGAUUCUAUUCAUAUCGAUCACUCUAAUAAAACUCGAAAAGUACUUGGCAUCAGAGGAGCAUGCGAGUGUCCAAGCACCUUAGAAUGCCAUCAUUUUUCUUGUACCUUAAUUCCUACAUUUGAAACAGCAACUUGGGGCAUUACAUCUACAUAUGUCAAAUAUCCUCUUGGUGCAUGUUUGGCAAAAACCAAACACUGUUGUAAUUACUCUUCUAUUUGAAGGUACUUUUGGAGAUUGAAGAACUACUUGUUCUUAUUGCCUUCAUAAAUAUUUUAUUAGUUUUCAAUCUACAUUAUUUAGUGGAAA